AACCAUUUCAAACAUAUAAUUAUUGCCCAUCAGUUUAUUUAUCUCUGUCCAAUAAACAUAAAUGGUGAAAGAAGAAAUCACAUCUUACAUAUUAUCAAGUUUAACAGUUUAUUUUCUAAAGACAAAGCCGUUCCUAAGAUUGUAUUGGGCCCCGUGCAGAAUUUGAUUCAAGGCCCUACUCCCAGUUAAGACCAUUAUCUACCACCCACCACAGCACUAACAUGUCUUUGUAUAAGCUUGGUUGUUUGACUCUAAUACAUUGUACAACACAUUUUAAUGAUGUACACAUAAGAAAUCAUUUUAACAGAUUUAAACAAAGAAUGUGUUUCAUUUAAUCAAUGAAUAAUUCAUUUCACAACGUUUAUUAAAUAGGCAGCAGAGAAUACACAGUAAAGACACCAACACAGACACAAGAAGCAAAAAUGACUAAAAAAACGAUGAACUAUAGUAACAUUAAAGUAACUGAUAACAUAAAAGUUAAUGAAAGAACAUGUUCUUCUCACAACUAGUAUAUUUUCAGUUUUUUGACACUAAUAAUUGAUCAUUUAAAAAAAAAGAAAGAAUUUUUGAAUUAAAAAGUUGGCUCAUUGUUAAUUAACAUAACCAACUACAAUGCUUUACAUCUCUUUGACUUGUCAAUUGCUCUUGGGGGACCCCUGCUGGUCUGGGUGUGGGUGGGCCUUAACAGUGGCUUAGUUUGCUCUACUUUGGGCCGGCUCUGUCUCACGAUACCUAUUUCCAUUUCUGAUUCGUAUUUGGGCCACUUGAUUCCUCUGAAAUAUGACAGAUUAUACUGUAUCUGAUCAAUUCUAAUUCUGAGUGUCAUCUUGCAUGUAGAUAUUCUUUAUUAGAAUCAUACAACCACAUUUCCCUAUAGUGGGCCAGCAGCAGAAAAUGUGAAAUGACUGUAUCCCAAACCCUCCCAGUAGGUACGAAUUGACACGCAGUCAAAACAUAUAACAUAUGUCCCGUAGUGGCCGGCUCCAUUUCAUACACGAAACUAAAUAAGUAUUUGUAAAGGAAAAGAACCGAACAGUGAAGGAAAUUUUCAGAUAUGAAAGGAACAAAUCUACAAAAUUCUGAAAUGGCUAAGGGGCAAAAUUACCACUUCCUUUAUUUGCUCCCUAGAAGAAAUAUAAAUGGGGGUGUAAAAUAAAGCUUUCAGAAAAUAAUGCACGGUUUAAUGCAAAUAUAUGUGAAACGUUUUAAUUUGGUUAUUUGUGUCUGUAAUUUAACAAAAGAGUUAUUACUAAAAUGAUAUGCAAUCUUGAUGGACGUGGGUAUGAAUUAUCUUGUUUGUUUACACAAAAAGGAAGAAAAAGGGGCGAAAACGGGUACGAAAUGACUAAUGGUGACAACAGGAAACUAGCCUACUCUAGUUGGUUUUCAAAGUGAGUACUAAUUCAUGCAUUGUUGCUAGGAAACCGCUCAAGUUGUUAACCAAAAAGCCAGAUUCGAAACGAGUAAAGCUAAAGAGGUAGGAAAUAGAUUGCCUGCCACAAUGUUGAGCCGUCUGUUCAGCGAGGUGCUGCCGGACGUCCAGCGGUUGGCAGCUGAAUGGGUGGAUGACACCGAGAGCGACGGAUGCAAUGUGAAGGAGGAACGCGAGCCCUGCCACCUCGAAGAGAACGAUUUAGACGAGCCGCAGGAGGGCAGCAGCCGGGCAGAGUCCGAGAUGGCUGGGGACGACGACGAUGACGACGACGAUGUCGACGAAGAAGAGUGCGGGGACGAGAACGGCGGGGAUAAACCCAAGAAGCGCGGCCCGAAGAAGCGCAAGAUGACGGCGGCGCGCGUGGAGCGCUCUAAGAUGCGCCGCGUUAAAGCCAACGCGCGGGAGCGCACGCGCAUGCACGAUCUGAACUCAGCGCUGGACAACUUGCGCAAAGUAGUGCCGUGCUACUCCAAAACCCAGAAACUCUCCAAAAUAGAGACUCUGAGGCUGGCCAAGAAUUAUAUUCUAGCCCUCGGGGAGAUUUUACGCAACGGAAAACGUCCAGAUGUGGUGACCUACGUGCAGAUGUUGUGCAAGGGCCUCUCCCAGCCUACCACAAAUCUGGUGGCGGGCUGCCUGCAGCUCAACACCAGGAACUUCCUGACCGAGCCCUGCGCAGACGGAGCCCGUUUCCACAUGCCCAGCUCUCCGUUCUCAGUCCAUCCCUACUCAUACCGAUGCUCCCGCCUCUCUAGCCCCCACUACCAGCCCGGAGCCGGAGCCCUCAAUAUGCGGGCCCAUUCCUACAGUGGUCCCGGGUAUGAGGCCGUGUACAUGCCGGGCGGGACGUCUCCAGACUACAACAGUCCGGACUAUGAGGGCCAGCACAGCCCACCGGUGUGCCUGAACGGCGGCAUGUCCGGGAAGCAGCAGGAGUCCUCAGACACAGACAGGAGCUUUCAUUACUCUAUGCAUUACUCCGGACUGACCACAUCCCGGCCCAGCCACAGCCUACAUUUUGGACCUUCGGGAGCGCGCAGCGGAGGCGCGCACUCAGAAAACAUCCCACCUUUCCACGACGUCCACCUGCACCACGACAGGGCGCCACCAUAUGAGGACCUGAACGCUUUUUUCCACAACUGAGCUCAGAAAGGGGGGGGCAAGGGCUGCUCACCGACUUUACAGAGACAAUCCUAAAGAGAGCGUUUAUUAUUAAAACAGCAGUCGGAGCUUCUAAAUGAUUAUCUUCUGUAUGUCACCUCUAUACUGUUGUACAUCAAAAAUGUGUCCAAUAAAUUAUUCCUGUAUGCAGAUUGAGUGCAAGUUAAAAUGUGAAAGUCAACAAGAAACAUGUGACAAAAACAACAGAAAUAAUAAAAAUGUGUUUUAUAA